AUGUCGUACGGAGGCGGCUACCCCGGUCAGGGCCACUACGGUUCUCAGGACCAUCACGGCUACAACGGCGGAGGAGGAGGAGGAGGUUAUGGCGGCGGCGGCGGAUAUGGAGGUGGUGGAGGAUACGGCGGCGGUAACUACCACGCUCCUCCUCCAGGUCCUCCUCCGGGCCAGGGAGGGUACGGAGGGUACCAGCAGCAGCAGCCAAAUUACGGUUACCAGCAAGGUCAAGGUGGUUAUCAGCAAGGCCAAGGUUAUGGCGGAUACGGCGGUGGUGGAUAUCAACAACACCAUCAACCACCACCUCAACAACAGUACAACCGCCCUCCCCCGCCAUCUCACCCUCCUCCUGCUGGCCUUGACGCCUAUGGGUAUCCUCUCGCAGCUCCCAAUCACCAAAACCGCCAGCAGUACCACCCCCCUCCGCCCUCUAACGUUCCCCAGCAGUUCGGACACGGUGCGCCUGAGGGCUACACCUUCCAGUACUCCAACUGUACCGGUAAGAGGAAGGCUUUGCUCAUCGGUAUCAACUACUUUGGCCAGAAGGGCGAGCUCAGAGGCUGCAUCAACGAUGUCCACAAUGUCUCUUCUUUCCUCAUGGAGAGGCACAACUACAAGAAGGAAGAUAUGGUUAUCCUGACCGACGACCAAGAAAACCCCAUCAUGCGGCCCACCAAGGCCAACAUCGAGCGCGCCAUGGGUUGGCUCGUAGGCGGCGCCGAGCCCAACGACUCAUUAUUCCUUCACUAUUCAGGACACGGAGGCCAAACCGAAGACUUGGACGGUGAUGAGGAUGACGGCUAUGAUGAAGUCAUAUAUCCUGUCGACCACUCUCAGAAUGGCCACAUCGUGGACGACGACAUCCACGCCAUGUGUGUCAAGCCCCUCAAGGCUGGUGUUCGAUUGACCGCCAUCUUUGAUUCCUGCCACUCUGCCACUGUCAUGGACCUGCCCUACGUCUACUCCACCAAGGGAAUUCUGAAGGAGCCCAACCUGGCCAAGGAAGCUGGCCAGGGUCUUCUCGGUGCCUUCACUUCCUACGCCUCAGGCGAUAUGGCAGGUGUAGCCAGCUCCGUCUUCGGAUUUGCCAAGACUGCCAUGAUGGGCAAUGAUGGCUACAACAAGACCAAAGACACCCGAACUUCGCCAGCUGAUGUUGUCAUGUGGUCUGGUAGCAAGGAUGAUCAGACAUCUGCCGAUGCCACCAUUGCCAACAAGGCUACUGGUGCCAUGUCCUAUGCAUUCAUCUCUGCUCUCAAGGCCAACCCCGACCAGACCUAUGUUGAGCUGCUGAACAACAUCCGAGAUAUUCUGAUGGAGAAGUACUCCCAGAAGCCCCAGCUCUCGUGCAGUCACCCGCUUGAUACCAACCUGAAGUUUGUCAUGUAA